AUGGCGGCGGCGGAGAAAGUCGAGGAGAACCCAGCGCCGCAGCGCGACAUCGCUGAAAAGGACAAUGCCUCGCGCACCAGCACCAACGAUGACGACGACGACAGCACCGACAGGGUGGACCAAAACUCCCUCAGAAGACACAUCAGUAUUGCGAGCGCCGAGGCAGCUGCCGCCGGCGCAGCGGCGGAGAUGUCUAUGGCCGCCGAGUCAAUUGUGCAGAACGACCCCAAUGCAAUAGGAUGGGAUGGACCCGACGACCCUGCGAACCCGAUGAACUGGCCGGACAACAAGAAGUGGGCUACUGUGAUUAUGAUCUCCCUUAUGACGGUUUUGACACCCUUGGGCUCGUCCAUGUUCGCCCCGGGUGUGCCAGACAUCAUGGCUGAGUUCAAGUCGCGAGACGAGACUCUCGCCACCUUCGUCGUCUCAGUGUACGUCCUUGGUUUCGCCUUUGGACCGCUACUUGCCGCGCCGAUGAGUGAGAUUUAUGGUCGCGCCAUCUGCUACAACGUCGCCAACGUCGCCUUCGUUAUCUUUACAGUAGGAACAGCGCUCAGCCAGAACAUGGGUAUGAUGAUCGCUUUCCGAUUUCUGAUGGGGUUCGCUGGCUCAACGCCGAUAACUAACGGUAGUGGCUCCAUUGCCGACAUGUUCCCUAUCGAGAAGCGUGGCAGGGCAAUGUCUGUGUGGGCAAUGGGACCGAUGCUGGGUCCCUGCAUUGGACCUGUGGCUGGCGGGUAUCUCGUCCAAUACUUGAACUGGCGUUGGGUGUUUUGGAUCAUGGCCAUGGCGGGAGGCGCGAUCUCGUUGGCUGGUCUCUUCUUGGUAAACGAAACAUACCAUCCCAAACUGGUCGGCAACAAGGUCCGCAAACUACGCAAGGAAACCGGAAACCCGGACCUUUACAACGCCCUUGAGGACCAGACUACGACGGAAAAGAUGAAGCUCAAGCUGGCCAUCAUCCGACCUCUCAAGAUCCUCUUCAUGCUUCCAUCCGUGAGCCUCAUGUCGCUUUACGUGGCUGUUAUCUACGGCAUCUUGUACCUGAUGAUUAGCACCUUAACUUUUGUUUUCGGAGCCAACCAGUACGGAUUUUCCACGGGAACCGUGGGAUUGUCAUAUAUCCCGACCGGUAUAGGGUGUAUCAUUGGCAUGGUUCUCUUUGGCGCCUUAACGGAUAUGGAGGUGAAGAAGAGGCAAAAGAAAGGCGAAACACCGGUGCCAGAGGACCGUCUGGCGAUUUACAUGAUUGUCUUGGCUGGUGUCACAACCACCGUCUCCCUCUUCUGGUACGGCUGGUCGGUUCAACAGAAGGUACACUGGAUAUGCCCGAUGAUUGCCGUCGCUGUCUUUUGCUUUGGAUUGAUGGGUGUCAUGAUGACGGUGCAGAUCUAUCUCAUCGACUGCUACAUCCAGUACGCGGCGUCUGUCAUCGCUGCGCUCACUGUGUUCCGCUCCAUCGUCGGCGCAUUCCUGCCUAUGGCUGGGUUAUCUAUGUACAGCAAACUUGGAUAUGGCUGGGGAAACAGUCUGCUUGGAUUUUUAUGCCUCAUCCUAGCGCCAGCGCCCCUUUUCUUCUGGAAGUACGGAGCAAGGAUACGAGCAAGAUUCCAAAUACAAUUGUAA